GGGCCAGCCGCCUCCUCCCCGCCGUCCCAAUUCCUCACGGUCCUCCUCUGGGACGCCAGCUCCGCUCCAUCUCUCCUCACCCGGGGGCCGUCCCACUCCUGCACCCCAGCCUCCCCCAGGCGCGCCGCACCUGCCACCCCGCCCAGCCCGGGACCCGCUCGCGCGGCGCAGGCGCACCAGGCGCGGCCGGGAGGCCGAGGGCGUCCGGAGCAGCUCCGGCCUCCGCCGAUUCCCGUCGCCUCUGCGCGGGGCUGGUCAGCGGCCGCACGGACCGCGCUGGGCAGGGGCCCCGCGGGCCGCGCGUCGCCAUGGGCUCCGGCUGGAGCAGCGAGGAGGAGCGGCAGCCGCUGCUGGGGCCGGGGCCGGGGCCUGCGCCGGGCGCCGCCUGGAGAAGCCGGGAGGUAGCGGCGGCGGCGCUGCCCGCGGCGGCCCCGGGACCCGGGCGGGUGUACGGGCGCCGCUGGCUGGUGCUUCUGCUCUUCUCGCUGCUGGGGUUCGCGCAGGGCCUGGUCUGGAACACCUGGGGCCCCAUCCAGAACUCGGCGUGCCAGGCCUACGGCUUCUCCAGCUGGGACAUCGCGCUGCUCGUGCUGUGGGGGCCCAUCGGCUUCCUGCCCUGCUUCGCGUUUAUGUGGCUCCUGGACAAGAGAGGUCUUCGGAUAACUGUGCUUCUGACAUCCUUCCUCAUGGUUUUGGGAACUGGUCUAAGAUGCAUACCUAUAUCAGACUUAGUGCUUAAACGAAGACUAAUCCAUGGAGGACAGCUUUUAAAUGGAUUGGCAGGCCCAACCGUAAUGAAUGCAGCUCCAUUCCUGUCCACAACGUGGUUUUCUGCAGAUGAACGAGCCACUGCCACAGCUAUCGCGUCCAUGCUCAGUUAUCUCGGUGGAGCAUGUGCAUUUUUAGUUGGACCGCUUUUUGUUCCAGCUCCCAAUGGCACAUCGCCUCUUCUUGCAUCCGAGAAUAGCAGGGCCCACAUUAAAGACCGUAUAGAGACUGUAUUAUAUGCAGAAUUUGGAGUGGUCUGCUUAAUAUUUUCUGCAACUCUCGCUUAUUUCCCACCCCGGCCUCCCCUUCCUCCCAGUGUUGCUGCAGCUAGUCAGCGACUGAGUUAUCGGCGGAGCUUUUGUAGAUUAUUAAGCAAUGUGAGAUUUUUGAUGAUUGCUUUAGCAUAUGCCAUACCGCUCGGUGUAUUUGCUGGCUGGUCUGGAGUUCUGGACUUAAUUUUAACACCAGUGCAUGUCAGCCAAGUAGAUGCUGGCUGGAUUGGAUUUUGGUCCAUAGUUGGGGGCUGUGUUGUUGGAAUAGCUAUGGCAAGGUUUGCAGAUUUUAUCAGGGGUAUGCUGAAAUUAAUUCUUCUCCUCCUGUUUUCUGGGGCUACACUAUCAUCCACGUGGUUCACCCUCACCUGUUUGAACAGCAUCACACACCUGCCUUUAACCACAGUGACGUUGUAUGCCUCCUGUAUUCUCCUGGGAGUGUUCUUGAAUAGCAGUAUACCUAUAUUUUUCGAGCUGUUUGUGGAAACUGUCUACCCAGUUCCAGAAGGAAUUACUUGUGGAGUUGUCACUUUUUUAAGUAAUAUGUUCAUGGGAGUGCUUUUACUUUUUCUCACAUUUUAUCACAAAGAGUUGUCUUGGUUCAACUGGUGCCUUCCCGGGUCGUGUUUGCUCAGUCUCCUCCUCAUUCUGUGCUUCAGGGAAUCCUAUGACAGACUCUAUCUUGAUGUGGUUGUCUCAGUGUAAUAGCACAGACUCGAAGGAGUUUACAGAGAGACUGGAGAUCCAUUUUGCAUCCUGCACAUUUGCUCGGAAUUGCACACCUGACGGAUAAAAAGGAGAAGACAGAAAAUUCAUUCAGAAGUCUUGUGAAGUUACUGGUGAUCACAUUAAUUUAAUUACUACUAGGUAAUGAUAAUGUGGGACUCCAAUGAUAACCGGGGAUUUAAAAACUCUCUAAAUGGCAUGCCUGUGCCCACUGCUGGGGUUGGCAGUGUGCUGUCUUACACACAAGGCACUACCUAAAUAAUUCCCUCUGUGCUCUGUGCCAGUGCCACACUGCUGAUGGAUCCAUUGUUACUAUGAAAAGAAAUAAAGGGCGUCUAUCACAUGGAGAUAACGCCUUCCCUAAGGGACAUAUCAGAAUAGGAAGAAAUGCCACUAACUUCUAAAGAAGUUUAAACCUUAUAUCCGAUUUUAAUAAAAAAACAGCCAACAGAUAUAUCCAGAAUAGGAAUUAGCCCCACGUACACUACAUUUUUUUCUAAUAAAGUCAUUUCUUCUAUGACUCCUUAUUUUUAACUAGAGGCCCAAUGCACGAAAUUCAUGCAAGGGGCUCGGCCCUCGCAGCCAUUGCAGCUUGCCUCGGCCCUCGCAGCCUCGACUUCAUCUGGAAGGUCAUCCGGAAGGAUGUCCAGAAGGUCAUUCGGCUGUCUGGUCUAAUUAGCAUAUCACGAUUUUAUUAUUAUAGAUUAGGUCAGAAACCCCUGGCCAUCUUAUUAUGGUGACCAACCACUUUCCAGUGACUUCAGAACACACACUUUGUGUCUCGACCUAAAGUUAUCCUUGUUUCUGUGAAAUACAGUUUCAUCUAUUAGACUCUUAAAUGAUUAUAUUAAAGGUAACUAAACGUUUAAUGUAGCCUCAUUAAAAAUUGUAUGACAAAUGUAA